AUGAUUGAACAACUUGUCGUGUUCACGCCACAAGGGCAGGUUCUGUACAAAUUCAAUCCUCUACGCAAGAGGUUUGCUGAGCAGCAAAUCAACAAGAUUGUAUGCCAACUUAUUUCAACGUCUGCGAGAAAGGAGGAAGGUGGCAAAUUUCCCGUACUGGAGUUAGAUGGAUUUGCAUGCAUGUAUCAUGCUAUGAAACAGCCUCGACUUUACUUCGUUGUGACAUACGCUGCAUCUUCUUUAGAAUUGAAUCAGGAAGCUGAGCAGGUGCUACAGCUUGGCACGAGACUUUGGGAGUCUCUGGAGCUGAAUGAUAAGAUAAUUCACAAUCUUAAUGGUAAGGGUCCUAGGAACAAGCACAAUUAUACGUGGAUUUUGGAUGAUGGGGAGGCAGAGCUUGAUAAGUUCGAUGAAUAUUUCAAGAUCAAGUUUGAAGAGGCUAAUGCUCUCAACUCCAAAAAUUCCUCAAGAAAGGCCCCAACACCACAAUUAAAGGCUAAGAAUGGUAAGAAACAACUUCAAAUACAACCUGGGGCAAAAACUAGAAAGUGGGGUCGUGACGGUAUAAUGGAAGAAGUUUCAACUGCUGAUUCAUCGGCGUUAGACUUCUCAGAAGGAACGUCAGACUCGAGCCAAGUUACAGUAACAGAUCUUGACAAAUCCUCGUUUGGCAACAGAACGGAUAAUGGAGAAUUUUUAAUUAAAGAAAUCGAUGAGCUACUGAGCAAGAAUAAGUCGGAAAAGAUCAAACAGGCCAACAGCGAAGGAGGAACAUUUGGCUUCCUCCAAAAACAUCUGUUUGGAAAUAAAACAAUAACUGAAGCUGACUUGAAAACUGUUCUGCAGAAACUGAAACAGAAGCUGAUCACAAAAAAUGUUGCCCCAGAGGUGGCCGAUUACUUGGCUAACCAAAUUUCUCAAGAUUUGGUUGGUUCGAAGACCGCCAAUUGGACAAGCGUGGAAGCUACCGCAAAGGAAUCGCUUGAGAAAUCGUUGACAAAGAUAUUGACACCAGGCGUUUCUGUGGAUCUUUUACAUGAGAUUCAACAGAAAACGGGUAGUAAGGACUCGAAUGGCCGUAAGAAUCCUUAUGUUUUCUCUGUUGUUGGUGUGAACGGGGUGGGAAAAUCUACCAACCUCUCUAAAUUAGCCUUUUGGCUUUUACAAAAUAACCUCAAGGUCUUAAUCGUUGCAUGCGAUACCUUUAGAUCUGGUGCCGUCGAGCAGCUCAGAGUUCAUGUGGAGAAUCUUGCACAGUUAACCGACGAAACUCACACCCGUGGCUCAAAGAAUAGUAGGGGUAAAACUGGUAACGAUUUUGUCGAAUUGUUUGAAGGUGGGUAUGGUGGCUCUGACUUGGUGACUAAGAUCGCUAAACAAGCUAUCAAAUACGCAAAAGAUCAAGACUUCGAUAUUGUAUUGAUGGACACUGCAGGAAGAAGACAUAAUGAUCCGACCUUAAUGUCACCACUUAAGUCCUUCGCUGAACAGGCAAGACCAGAUAAGAUUAUUAUGGUGGGUGAGGCCUUAGUCGGUACCGAUUCUGUACAACAAGCCAAGAACUUUAAUGCAGCUUUCGGCAAAGAGAGAAACUUAGAUUUUUUCAUAAUUUCGAAAUGUGACACUGUUGGUGAGAUGCUGGGAACUAUGGUUAACAUGGUGUAUGCCACAGGAAUCCCUAUCCUAUUUGUAGGUGUUGGCCAAACGUAUACAGACUUGAGAACGCUGAGCGUUCAAUGGGCUGUGGACACUCUAAUGUACUAA